UCGACCGGGGUCCAGAGGGUGGAACCGGUGAAUUUUUCAACUUGCAAGUUUUGCAACGAAAGAAAGCGAGAGAGGGAGGGGAAAAAAAGAGCCCAGAGCAGAAAAGAGAGGAGUUUGGAGCCGAGCGGGAGAGCGGGAUUUAUCGUUUGGGAUUUUUCAGGAGCGCGUUCCGAUCCCUCUGGGCGGCGGCGGCAGCAGCAGCAGCCUCCUCGCUCGGCCGGGUCAGACGCGGGGCGAGGCGCGCGGGAGGGCAGCCGGGCGUGGAGGAGUCGGCGCGGGCAGUGGCGGCUGCAGCCGGGGACUGCGCGCCGCGAGCCUCUUCCGCCCAGGAGACCUGCGCUCGCGCCCCCUCCCUCACCCCGGCCUCUCCCGGCUCCCCCACCCCACUCCACCCCACCCCACCCCGCCCCCACCCCGUCCCUCUCCCGCGCGCGCCCCGCCACACGCGCGCACUCGCUCACGCUCCCCCUCGCGCACACACAUGGUCUGCUCGCGGCAAAGUUUCGCCUGCGGUCGCCACUCCGGGAUCCUGCCGCAGUGCUCGGGGCUGUAACCUUGAACUUUCCCAGCGCGGUGACACAUUCUCCUCGCUCUCCCUCCCGCCCUCUCUCCUGCGCCCCCCUCCCCGCCUUUUUUAAAAAAGCAUUUCACCACCAACCACCACCCCAAUCCAACCCACACCGAAUCUUCGCGCACCCCCUAGCCCCCAACAAAAACAACAACUGCAAAACAGAAAACAAAUCCCCAAACCCAGGCGAAAAGCAGCCAACACCGGCGGCGGCGGCGGCCUCGGCGAGCACGGCCAGCGCGCUCGGACUGCAGGAGGGUUAAAAGUGUAGAUUGGAUUUCACCCCGGGAAAUCUAGCACGCCGAGUGAACUUGAAUCUUUGGCUAUUUAAGGAGGACUGGGUUUGUUGUGAAGUUGCGGUGAUCCAGCGCAGAGCCCCGUCCUGAUUGAUCGCAUCGCGGGGCUCAGAUGACUGUAAAAUGAAUAGAUGAAAUUCUUGCUUCUCGAAGAUUUUCUUGGGCAUCUCCGGGAAAGUGCGUUUUAAGGCGAAGUCAUGAUGUAUUCUCCCAUCUGUCUCACUCAGGAUGAAUUUCACCCAUUCAUCGAGGCACUACUUCCACACGUCCGUGCAAUUGCCUAUACUUGGUUCAACCUGCAGGCUCGGAAACGCAAGUACUUUAAAAAGCACGAGAAGCGAAUGUCAAAGGAUGAAGAAAGAGCAGUCAAAGAUGAGCUUCUCAGUGAAAAGCCUGAAAUCAAACAGAAGUGGGCAUCCAGGCUCCUGGCCAAACUGCGCAAAGAUAUCCGCCAGGAGUACCGAGAGGACUUUGUGCUCACCGUGACUGGCAAGAAGCACCCGUGCUGUGUCUUAUCCAAUCCCGACCAGAAGGGUAAGAUUAGGAGAAUCGACUGCCUGCGACAGGCAGACAAAGUCUGGCGUCUGGAUCUAGUCAUGGUGAUCCUGUUCAAAGGCAUCCCCUUGGAAAGUACCGAUGGAGAGCGGCUCAUGAAAUCCCCACAUUGCACAAACCCAGCACUUUGUGUCCAGCCACAUCAUAUCACAGUAUCAGUUAAGGAGCUUGAUUUGUUUUUGGCAUACUACGUGCAGGAGCAAGAUUCUGGACAAUCAGGAAGUCCAAGCCACAAUGAUCCUGCCAAGAAUCCUCCAGGAUACCUUGAGGAUAGUUUUGUAAAAUCUGGAGUCUUCAAUGUAUCAGAACUUGUGAGGGUAUCCAGAACGCCCAUAACCCAGGGAACUGGAGUCAACUUCCCAAUUGGAGAAAUCCCAAGCCAACCAUACUAUCAUGACAUGAACUCGGGGGUCAAUCUUCAGAGGUCGCUGUCUUCUCCACCAAGCAGCAAAAGACCCAAAACUAUAUCCAUAGAUGAAAAUAUGGAACCAAGUCCUACAGGAGACUUUUAUCCCUCUCCGAAUUCACCAGCUGCUGGAAGUCGAACAUGGCAUGAAAGAGAUCAAGAUAUGUCUUCUCCGACUACUAUGAAGAAGCCUGAAAAGCCAUUGUUCAGCUCUACAUCUCCACAAGAUUCCUCCCCAAGAUUGAGCACUUUCCCCCAGCACCAUCAUCCCGGAAUACCUGGAGUUGCACACAGUGUCAUCUCAACUCGGACUCCACCUCCACCCUCACCGUUGCCAUUUCCAACACAAGCUAUUCUCCCUCCAGCCCCAUCGAGCUACUUCUCUCAUCCAACAAUCAGAUAUCCUCCCCACCUGAAUCCUCAGGAUACUCUGAAGAACUAUGUACCUUCUUAUGACCCAUCCAGUCCGCAAACCAGCCAGCCUAACAGCAGUGGUCAAGUAGUAGGGAAAGUGCCUGGCCAUUUCACUCCUGUCUUGGCACCCUCUCCCCAUCCCAGUGCAGUGCGACCUGUGACCCUGACCAUGACAGAUACUAAACCCAUCACUACAUCCACUGAAGGUGAGGCAGCUUCACCUACAGCAACCACCUACACAGCCUCAGGCACAUCUCAAGCCAAUCGAUAUGUGGGACUAAGCCCAAGAGACCCAUCCUUCCUACAUCAGCAACAGCUGAGGAUUUGUGACUGGACCAUGAAUCAAAACGGCAGGCAUUUAUACCCCAGUACCAGUGAGGAUACAUUGGGAAUUACUUGGCAAAGUCCUGGUACCUGGGCUAGCUUGGUUCCUUUCCAAGUAUCAAAUAGGACACCCAUCCUACCGGCAAAUGUCCAAAAUUACGGUUUGAACAUAAUCGGAGAACCUUUCCUUCAAGCAGAAACAAGCAACUGAGGGAAAAAUGAAAUACAACACUAGUUUAAGAAAUUUAAAAAAAAAAAAAGGAAAAGAGAAGACUGGACAAAACAAAACAAACAAAAAGGGAGAAAGGAAAGAAACUGAAGAAAGAAGAUAAUAGACCAGCAAUCGCAGCACUUACAAUCACUAAUUCCCUUAAGGUUGAAACUGUAAUGACAUAAAAAGG